GGCUGGCAAUAUGCUGCUAUAGGCAUAGGCUUGCUUGCCUGCCACCACAUCGACGGCCACGGAGAGAGGCUCUCUCAUCCCUCGUCAGUCGUCUCACGAGCAGAUGCAGUCAGUCGACUCGGUAGCGUGCACUCGUGCGGGUCUGGAAUCCUGUCUCUAUGCUUCCCACCAAAAUCGUGACAUGUAAACAUAACAAAAUCAACGAAACUUUUCUUCACACCAGUUUAACCAACUACUUUUUAGAAGCAAGCGACUUCUGCAAGGCUUACGAAGAAAGUAACUUUAAAAUGUUUACAAUGGAAGCAACUUCAAAAAGUUUACGAGGCAAGAAAGUUCAAAAAGUUUACCAGCCAAGCGACUUUAAAAAAUUCACCAAACAAACAACAUUGAAAAGUUAGGGAGCAGUUAAAAAGUUGAAAAACUGAAAUUCAUCGAACCCUUGACAAUUCAAUUAUCGUUUAAUCUAAAUUUUUUACUUCUGAAAACUUUUGGCCUUCACCUGGGACAGUGACUUUCCACCUGGAUAUUAUUAUUAUGCGCUCGCAAGUUCCCAAGUUAUUAUCGUUUUGUCGUUGGACUCAAAUGAUGUGGCAAUGGCGCUCAAUCCUCGCGGGCGGUGGAGUCGUUCACUGUAACAUUUCACAUUCAUAACGUCUCUCAUAUUAAAAAUUGAAUCAAUAUUAUUAUCCAAUUAGUAGUAAACUAAAUGUGCUCCCCAAAAACGGGGCUAACCCCAAAACCUAACCUGAAAGGUACCUCUCAGGCGCGUUAAACCCAAAACUGACGUCUAACCUAACCUCAAAAGUUAAUCCUUUUUUCAUAAAAAAUUGACGUUUUGUUGAUAGAGGAAAAAAAAGAAAAAGUUGCCUAAUGAGUGCGAGUGACCGGAAACGGAAAUUGAACGCGUCAUGGACUGAGGAUCUAACCUCUGAGGACUGACCUCGCCUCGGACGUGGGAUUUCUCCGGAGAGGACGUCCAGGUCGUGGUGCGAUUUCCUUUUUUUACGAUUUUACUCAAAGGUGUGAGUGUGUGUCACUGUGUAUGUGUCAAUUAUUCGCAGUGUCUGUCGCUCGGAGUCGAGUUGAGCUGUGUCAGAGAGGUUAGGUUAACGUAUCAAAGGUACAGGCGUCACCGCCCGGCUCGAGGAUUUCUCAACGAGUUGAGGCGAUUUCUCAACAAGAGACGAACCGGGGAAACUGGACUCUGGAGGAAACCAAGGUACAGGUGGAAAAAAAAGGAGAAGUACGCGAAUGCCGAUCGCUGCUGGAAUUCUUGCCACUGAAACUACGGCGAACUGCCUGUCCAAAGCCGCUGGCAUGCUUCGAUUCGUCGCUCGAUUUGCAGGGAGGCGGCGGCACGUGCGUCGAAGUUCUGGGCCAGGUGCAGAAGGACGACUGGCGACAGAAGCUGCAGCGGUAGCAGCAGGAGAAACCGAGGGAGCUGAAGAGCGCCACUUGGAAACAGCCAUUCCGGGCCUCAUUGGAUGCUGUACCGAUGUAGAGGAGGAGGAAAUUCACAUUAGGAGCGUAAAGCUUGAUCGAUGGAACCAGAGGAGGCAGGAGCGUCGGCAUAGGAUCAGUCGCGACGAAGACGUCACCUCCUGUCACAGGGAGCAUGGGCAGCCCUACCUCUACCACUAUCAUCCUUCCCAGGAGCAAUAUCCCCAUCAUCAUCACCAUCAUCACCACCACCACCUUCCCCAUACGUCCCACCAUCCUCAACAAUGUACAAAUCAGUCGCAAUGGCCACGACAAGAUUUUGAGUCCAGGGUGCCGUCCUGUGACUCCGAGGACACUUUUACCCCAACCCCCUACCUUGCGUACCCUUCCGUCACAACCAUGACGAGAGGAUGCAAGAUUCCGCCUUACCUCGCCACCCUGCUCAUCCUCUCCUACACGUUCUUCGGUAUGGCAGACGCGUGCUCGUCGCGGUCAACGCCGAAACCGCGGCCGCCGACGGUGACGCAACGGCCGAACAUCACAUUCCACAUGUACACAUGCCCGCCGGAUUAUGCACAGUGGUACUGUCUAAAUGGGGCCACAUGCUUCACCGUGAAAAUCGUCGAGUCCCUUCUGUACAACUGCCUAUGUGCUAAUGGGUUCAUUGGACAGAGGUGCGAGUUCAAAGAUUUGGAUGGUUCCUAUUUACCUUCUCGGCAGCGGAUAAUGCUAGAGACUGCUAGCAUCGCUGGUGGUGCCACGAUAGCAGUAUUCCUCGUCGUUAUCAUUUGCAUAGCGGCUUACAUUCACUGUAAACGGAAGCAGAAGGAAUUACGUUCGAGCAGUAACGUCGAUACGGUUGAUGGUCCUAGUCGAGAUCCGGAGUUGAGGCCGUUUAGCAUCCGCAGCCACUCCCUUUUGAUCAACAUGGCCAAGGACCACAAAAACUCGUCGAUAGAGCAGACGAGAAUGCCCGGUUGGCAUAACCAGCAACCGGAAUCGACGAGGAUGGCAUCGAUCAGCGAAGUGAAGCGUUCGAGUCAAUAGCCGAGUCGAGUCGACGAAUACGAAACAAGUCAAGAAUCCAGUGACGACGAGACGCGGUCGUUGAAGUCUCUUCAGGGAUUCGCCGAGCACAAGAAUUUAGAAAGAAUAAUUGUUAAUCACAUCCCACCAAAAAUCUCUUCUAUAAUCCUUGUUAUCAUAUCGCGAGGCUUGCUGAUUAUUCUGCCAUCACGAACCGCGAAUCCGAUGACCAAUGUUAAUAAAAAAAA